GUGUGCACGCCGCAACGCGACCGAAAUGUUGUGCRUAUAUCACUUAUCACUGCAUUAGAGAUCAGUAUUCGCUAAUCACUAAUCAGUAAUCACUUUUCGGUUGUACGGACGACGUACUGACGUACUGUUAACUGCUAUAUAGUAGACAGCGAGUGAGUUCAAGUUGUAGUGCUACUAAAUUAUAGUGCUAGUGCGCUGUUUAACGUUCAGUAUUCCCUGUGUGUACACGUGAAUGCCGAACGACCGAACCUACUACGUACACGCGCUCCAACGCCAAUCAUCAACGUUGUCGGCGACAACCACGGACGWACGCAGUAACACGCGCCGAUCUUGCGUUUCGUGCGGUAAACACUUCACGCAACCACUUACCGCCUAUCGUCGUCGGGCCUGCCGGCUGCCGAUUGCCGAACGUUCGUUAAUUGCGGACAUGGCGGGACAACCGUUGGACGUGUUUCGUGUAGAGCCCGUAAUUUCAAUUGUGUUUUUUUACGGUAAAUUAUUUUCUUCCGAAGUAUAACUCAACUAAUCAGUUAUCAUAAAUUAAAAAUAAAUUAUUAUUACCAUUACGUACUGUUGUUUGAUAGUUACGUUGAUUUUAUUGUUAUAACUAUAUAUACAUAUUUCUUUUUUGUUCAAACAGUUUUGAGUUAGUUUUUUCAUUACUUACCAAAACUCUAAUAGUUAAUUUUUAUUUUAUUUUAAUCAUGUGAAAUUGGUGUCCUAUUAAUCGUUGACACUUAAUGCAUGUGCCCAAUCCGUUUUUGGGUAUAUUCAUUACCGUAAUUUUUUGACUGCGCUUGUAAAGUUUCACUCCAAGAACAAUGUUUGCAAGAUUUGGUGUGCUGUGUGUGGUCCUGAUAGGCACGGCUAUAGUCAGYUCACUCCCAGUGGACGAAAAUGAUGAUCUACUACCUGCGGACAUUGGCGAUUCACUGCCUUCUGAGCAAACAACAAAACAUACACCUACCGUUUCUCUAGGACUGGUGCAUGCCUUUGUUGCAUCACUUUCUGUGAUAGUUGUCUCUGAGUUGGGUGACAAGACAUUUUUCAUUGCUGCUAUUAUGGCCAUGCGACAUUCGAGAAUUACAGUAUUCACUGGUGCUAUAUCUGCUCUUGCACUUAUGACGAUCUUAUCAGUUUUAUUUGGAUAUGCAGCAACAGUUAUACCUCGUGCAUACACAUAUUACAUAUCAACAGCUUUAUUUGCUGUGUUUGGACUUAAAAUGUUAAGAGAAGGUUUCAAAAUGUCUCCCAAUGAAGGACAAGAUGAGCUUGAAGAAGUACAAGCUGAUUUACGACGAAAAGACGAUGAGAACAAGAAGAAUAAUAAAGAUGCGUCKCCAGUUACCGAGAAAGACGAUAAAUCGCCUGCGGUUGUGCCAUCUGUGGUUGAAACUAUCAACGUGACUGUUGACAAUAGUACUGACUUUAAGGAUGCAGACAUUGAACAACAGGCUCCAAAAAGAUGUCGAUUGCGAUUCGGCAGUAAGAGUUUGUUGAUUGUGUCAAAAACUCUGAUACAAGCUUUUACAAUGACAUUUCUUGCAGAAUGGGGUGACCGUAGUCAAUUAGCCACAAUAAUUUUGGCAGCUAGAGAAGAUGCUUAUGGUGUUGCACUUGGAGGAGUCCUAGGACAUUCUUUAUGUACAGGAUUAGCUGUUAUUGGUGGUCGUUUCAUUGCUCAAAAAAUAUCUGUUCGAACUGUAACUAUUGUUGGUGGUGUUGUAUUUAUAAUGUUUGCCGUGACUGCACUAAUGUUUGAUCCAAACGAAGGAGAAACAUAGCCAUAAGAAUAACAACUAUUAAGGCCAUUGCAAAUGCUCCAGUUCCAGAACUCAGCAUACUUAGUUCAUCUGUGAUAUUUAUAUUUCACUAUUCUUUUUAGUGUAUGCAUUCAUUCAAGUUUAAAAUUCAAUAAUAUUGGUUAAUUUUUGUAUUAUUGAUCUAUAUAUAUGUUAUAUUUGUAUAAAUAAAGUAUUAUUAAUGAGAUUUAUUGCCAUAAGGUAUAACAAUGUUUAGUAUAUAAACAGUGAAUGAUAAUAAAAGUGAUAUAUUUGCCUAAAUACUUUUGUCAAUUACUUAA